AUGGGAUAUCAAAGUUUUGAACCGAAAAUUACGGAAAGUGAAAUAGUAAUUGCAGAAAACUCCAGAUUAACAAUAAAAGUUAAUGAAUUAGAACAAAGAAUACGUGCUUUAAAUGCUGAUAAAAAUGAAUUGAGAAGUAGAAAUGAGGAACUUGUAACUGAGAGAAAUCAAUUUGAAGCAAAUAAUAUUCAGAUUCAUGCAGCAAAUGAAAAUCUGACACAAUUAAAUAACACGUUGAAGAUCAUUUUGAGGGAUACUGAAGAUGAAAGGGAUCAUUACAAAGCAGCAAAUAUCAAGAAAUUUGAUGAUUUUAUUUCAAACUAUAUUUUUAGUUUAUUUAAUAAUAUUGGAACAUUGUUUUGA